AUGGCCACACCCGACAGCAGUAAGGAGAAGAAGUCGCCCAACCUCAGCGCCUACUGGGAAAUCCUGAGGCCGAAUAACAUCCCGGCCUCCUUCGGCCUCGUGGCGGCGGGGGCGUUGGUUGCCUCGCACACCGCCGUCGCGCUCUUUGAACCGAAGGUCCUGCUCACGGCGUUUGCCGCAGCCGCGGUGUCUGUCGGGUCCUGCGUCCUCAACGACUGGUUCGACAUCGAGUUGGACCGCGUGAAUGAGCCGGAGAGACCGCUGGUGACGGGCGAGGUGGUUCCCGUUCACGCUCUCGGGAUCGGGGUGGCUUUUCUUCUGGCGGCCGUGGCAAGCGCCUCUUUCGUCAACCCGGCCGCGCUUCAGGCCACCAUCGUAGCCUCCGUGGCGCUAACCCUGGCGUACACCCCGCUGCUGAAGCCGAUCCCGCUCGUCAAGAACUUCGUCGUGGCCAUGGUGAUCGCCGCUGCUAUCGCCGCCGGGGGGCUGGCCGCGGGCGCCGGGGUCGCGUCGACUCUCACCCCGUCCGUGCUCACGUUUUUCGUCAUCGGUCAUCGCGAGGUCCUGAUGGACAUCGCCGACGUGGAAGGCGACCGGGAGGCCGGGGUACGCACCCUGCCGGUGCUGAUGGGCCGCCAGGCUGCCCUGGUCUUCGCCACGGCGCUGCUGUCGGCGGGGGUUGUCGCCGCCGGCGUCGGCAUUCUUGAGGGAACCACACGACGCCG